GGGGAGGGGGCCGGAGAGGAGGGGCGGAGGGCCGGGCCGCAGUUACGGCGGCUGAAGAGAGACAGCCCGGGCCGGUGGGGGGGCGAGAGCGAAGGCCGCGGGGAGCAGCGCUCGGACCCGCGCGGGCGGCGGGGAGGGAGGCGGCGGCGGAGGCGAAGAGGGGCCGCCGAGCGGCAGAGGGACCGAGUGCAAAGAAUUGUAGAUCAAGGAGCCAUGGAUAGGAGAAGUGUGGGUGAAAUAGAAAAUGGAGAUGCUUUCCUUGACCUGAAGAAGCUGCCGGCCUCCAAAUCCCCCCAUCGCUAUACAAAAGAGGAGCUCUUGGACAUAAAAGAACGCCCCCAUUCCAAACAGAGGCCUUCAUGCCUUUCUGAAAAAUAUGACAGUGAUGGUGUCUGGGACCCUGAGAAGUGGCAUGCCUCUCUCUACCCAGCAUCAGGACGGAGCUCACCAGUGGAAAGUCUGAAGAAAGAGUUGGAUACAGACCGGCCUUCUCUGGUGCGCAGGAUAGUAGAUCCACGAGAGCGGGUGAAAGAAGACGACUUAGAUGUUGUUCUCAGCCCACAGAGACGAAGCUUUGGAGGGGGCUGCCACGUGACGGCUGCUGUUAGCUCCCGGCGCUCGGGAAGUCCAUUAGAGAAAGAUAGCGAUGGGCUUCGUCUGCUUGGUGGACGUAGGAUUGGCAGUGGGAGAAUAAUCUCUGCCCGGACCUUUGAGAAGGAUCACCGGCUUAGCGAUAAGGACCUUCGGGACUUGAGAGACAGAGACCGCGAGAGGGACUACAAGGACAAGCGUUUCAGGAGGGAGUUUGGGGAUAGUAAGCGUGUCUUUGGUGAGCGUAGAAGAAAUGAUUCUUACACAGAAGAAGAACCAGAGUGGUUCUCAGCUGGACCCACAAGUCAGUCUGAAACCAUUGAACUGACUGGCUUUGAUGAUAAGAUACUAGAAGAAGAUCACAAAGGGAGAAAAAGAACAAGGCGACGGACAGCCUCUGUGAAGGAAGGAAUAGUCGAGUGCAAUGGAGGAGUGGCCGAAGAGGAUGAGGUGGAGGUCAUCCUUGCACAGGAGCCUGCUGCUGAUCAGGAAGUACCAAGGGAUGCUGUCUUGCCUGAGCAGUCUCCAGGAGAAUUUGACUUUAAUGAGAUCUUUAACCUUGAUAAAGUGCCAGGCUUGGCUUCGAUGAUAGAAGAUGUUGGAGAAGGGUCAGUCUCUGCCAGUCGGUUCAGCAGGUGGUUCUCUAACCCGAGUCGAUCAGGAAGCCAAUCCAGCAGUCUUGGGUCAACACCACAUGAAGAACUGGAGAAACUCGCAGGUCUGGAGCAAGCCAUCCUCUCUCCUGGACAAAACUCUGGGAAUUAUUUUGCUCCUAUACCAUUGGAAGACCAUGCUGAAAAUAAAGUGGAUAUUUUAGAAAUGCUUCAGAAAGCCAAAGUGGAUUUAAAACCUCUUUCUUUCAGCCUUUCUGCAAAUAAAGAAAAACUGAAAGGAGCUCACAUUCAGGAGUUGGUACUGUCAGUGGAAGAGGUAGAAGCAGGGCUCAAGGGUUUGAAGGUGGAUCAGCAAGUGAAAAAUUCAACUCCCUUUAUGGCAGAAACACCUGAGGAGACCCUGAAUGCUGUAACCAGCAAUCGACAACUCAAGAAAGAUGGAGACAUGACUGCAUUUAACAAGCUAGUGAGCACCAUGAAGGCAAGUGGGACUUUGCCUUCUCAGCCCAAAGUCAGCCGAAAUCUUGAAAGCCAUUUGAUGUCCCCUGCUGAGAUUCCAGGCCAGCCUGUCCCUAAGAACAUUCUACAGGAACUUCUAGGCCAACCAGUUCAAAGACCCACUUCUCAUCUUCUGAGUGGCCUUAUGGGGAGCUUGGAGCCUACAACAUCUUUGCUGGGCCAAAGAGCCCCCUCUCCUCCCUUGUCACAGGUGUUUCAAACUCGCGCAGCCUCAGCAGACUACCUUCGCCCAAGAAUACCAUCACCAAUUGGUUUUACGCCAGGACCACAGUUACUUGGAGAUCCAUUCCAAAGCAUGCGCAAGCCCAUGAGCCCUGUCACAGCCCAGCAGAUGAGCCAGCUAGAGUUACAGCAGGCAGCUUUGGAGGGGGUAGCCUUGCCACAUGACCUUGCUGUACAGGCAGCAAACUUCUACCAGCCUGGUUUUGGCAAACCACAGAUGGACAGAACCAGAGAUGGAUUCAGAAACAGGCAACAACGAGUGACCAAGUCACCAGCACCUGUGCACCGAGGGAAUUCCUCUUCCCCAGCCCCUGCUGCCUCCAUCACAAGCAUGCUGUCUCCUUCCUUUACCCCUACUUCAGUGAUUCGUAAGAUGUACGAGAGCAAAGAGAAAAGCAAGGAGGAGCCAGUAUCUGGAAAAACAGCUCUUGGUGAUAGUAAAGAGGACACUCAAAAGGCCAGCGAAGAAAAACUCCUGUCAUCCAACUCUGUAUCCAGUGUCGAUCGAGACUCUUCUCCCACUACAAAUACCAAACUGUCAACCUUACAACGGUCUUCAUGUUCCACCCCACUGUCCCAGACCAACCGUUACACCAAAGAACAAGAUUAUCGACCUAAAGCAACUGGGAGAAAAACACCCACCUUGGCAUCCCCAGUUCCAGGAACACCUUUUCUCCGCCCUGUCCACCAAGUUCCUCUCGUCCCCCAUGUCCCUAUCGUUCGGCCUGCUCACCAGCUUCACCCAGGGUUGGUGCAAAGGAUGCUGGCCCAAGGGGUACAUCCACAACAUCUUCCAAGUUUGCUCCAAGCUGGUGUGCUUCCUCCUGGGAUGGACCUGACUCAUUUACAAGGAAUAUCCGGCCCAAUCCUGGGUCAGCCCUUUUACCCUUUACCUGCUGCUAGUCACCCUCUCUUAAACCCUCGACCUGGGACACCACUGCAUCUGGCAAUGAUGCAACAGCAGCUACAGCGCUCAGUUCUGCAUCCUCCAGGCUCUGGUUCCCAGGCAGCAGCUGUCAGUGUUCAGACGACGCCUCAGAACAUGCCCAGCCGCUCAGGCUUGCCUCACAUGCACUCCCAGCUGGAGCAUCGCCCCAGCCAGAGGAGCAGCUCCCCCGUGGGCCUCGCCAAAUGGUUUGGCUCGGAUGUGCUACAGCAGCCCCUGCCAUCCAUGCCCGCCAAAGUCAUCAGUGUGGAUGAAUUGGAAUACCGACAGUGAGCAGGGCAUGCAGGCUCACCUAAACCUGGACCUAUGGUGGCAGGACUCUGCUUCCCCAUCUCGUGUUGGUUUACUGGCUUUUUACUUUGGAGCACUUUGUGCGAAGCACUCUGUUCAGGGAGCUCGUGCACCUGGUGUGGUCUACAUUAUGAUGGAAGGAUCUUAACCAAUCGAGUGGAGCCUAUUGUCUGAAUACAGGAUGCAUAGUGUUGUCAAUCCUGGAAACAGUCUUUCUUUUUUGUAAGAUAUGUGAAUGAAGUGUUGGUGUCCUCACUAAGAGGUGGCACCUAAGGGUUCUGAGGAAUAAAUGUAUAGACCCUUAUGUACAGACCUGUGUAUAAACAACUUUUGUAUAUACAUAUAGGAUAGCUUUUUUGAACUUAUACAGCUGUACAUAAAAGUAGCUGAUAUUAGUUAAGCCUGUGUCAACAGUUUGGAUUUUUUUCACUUGUACAUUUGGGACUUUUUUCUUUUGGUUGAUUAAAGCGGCAUAUGUUAAGUGUGUGGAUGAAA